GGCUUCGAGCACGGACUAGGGAUCAAAAAAUGACCCAUCUCGAAGACUUUACUUUAGAUCACAAACCCAUGUUUCUUCAAGUUUCAACGCCCUCAGGAAUCAACCCCAUGACAUGAUUUACAAUUCUCAUUGCUUCUUCACGUUCCUUCGGAAUUUGAGUUCUUUGUUCAACCACAUUUGGCAUCUCUGCUCAUGGACACUCCUCUAUGUCUUAUUCUUCUCUUUUGCUCCCUUUUUGCAACUGGGUCCUCCUCCAUUCAGAAUUUUCACCAACCAUUUCCAAUUGUGGAACCUGAUCCUGGUCAUACAAAACUUCGUCUUUCAAGAGAAGGCUUGGAGGCUAUUGAGAGAAUAACAAACCCCAUUGCAUCUGUAGCAGUGAUUGGACCCUACCGCUCUGGAAAAUCUUUUUUGCUUAAUCAACUUCUCUCUCUUUCUUGUAAUGAAGGGUUUGGUGUUGGGCACAUGCGUGACACCAAGACAAAAGGAAUAUGGAUUUGGGGAACCCCUAUAGAGUUGGAUAUUGAUGGAGUAAGAACAUCUGUCUUUUACCUUGAUACAGAAGGAUUCGAAAGCAUCGGGAAGUCAAAUGUAUAUGAUGAUCGGAUAUUUUCUCUGGCAACUGUCAUGAGUUCUGUGCUUAUCUAUAAUCUGCCUGAGACAAUACGUGAAGCUGACAUCUCUCGACUCUCUUUUGCGGUUGAGCUUGCUGAAGAAUUUUAUGGGAGAGUGAAGGGCCAAGAUGUUGCAUUUGAACCUGCUAAGCUCUUGUGGCUUAUCCAACGUGAUUUUCUGCAAGGGAAAUCGGUGCAAGAAAUGGUGAAUGAAGCUCUUCAGCAGGUCCCCAAUACUGAUAGGGACAAAAAUAUUGAUAUGGUCAAUCAGAUCCGGGACUCAUUGGCUAUAAUGGGGGACAACAGUACUGCCUUUAGCUUACCCCAACCACAUCUCCAGCGUACAAAACUUUGUGACAUGAAGGAUGGGGAACUUGAUCCAUUAUAUGUUAAGAAAAGGGAUAAACUAAAAGAGCUUGUUGCUAGCAUGAUCCGUCCAAAGAUUGUGCAGGGCAAAACUCUAAAUGGGAAGGAGUUUGUUUCCUUCUUAGAACAGAUACUUGAAGCCUUGAACAAAGGAGAGAUUCCAUCAACAGGCUCUCUUGUGGAGAUUUUCAACAAGGACAUUCUUGAAAGAUGUCUUCAGUUAUACAGUGAAAGGAUGGAAACAUUGGGUCUGCCUCUUUCAGAGGAAUCUCUGCAACAGUCCCAUCAAAGGUUUAGAGGUGAAGCCAUGCAAGCCUUUGAUCAACAACAUUUUGGCCGUCACCAUGCUAAGAAAUCAAUCAUGCAAUUGGAUGAAGAAAUACAUAAGGUACAUAAGAAUGUCAUUUUACAAAAUGAAUAUAAAUCUUCAAAGCUAUGUGAGUCAUUGUACACCAGAUGUGAGGAUCUGAUGGAUCAGCUUCAAGUUCUCAGGCUUCCUUCCAUGGCAAAAUUUAAUGCAGGUCUCCAGAAAUGCAAUCGUAGCUUUGAGCAUGAGUGUGUUGGACCUUCAAAAACAAACUAUGAGCAACGCAUGAUGAAGAUGUUGGUGAAGUCUAGGUCUCUAUUUAUAAAGGAGUACAACCACAGGCUUUUCAAUUGGUUGGUGGCCUUCUCCCUGGUCAUGGUAGUGAUUGGCCGCUUUAUUAUAAAGUUCUUUUUGCUUGAAAUUGGAGCAUGGCUACUUUUUAUAUUUCUGGAGACCUACACAAGGAUGUUUUGGUCAGCAGAGUCACUUUACUAUAACCCAGUUUGGCAUUUUAUAGUUGCAACUUGGGAAACUCUUGUUUACAGCCCAAUCCUGGAUCUUGACAGAUGGGCUAUUCCCCUUGGUAUAAUGCUGUCAUUUUUCAUACUUUAUUGGCGGUGUUAUGGGAAAAGGAAACAUGGAUCCCGGUGGCUCUUACCUUUAUACAGCAGCAAUAAAAAUGGUCCAAAUAGGCCAAGAACAGACUAAAACCCAUGAUAACUGCAGUUGCAGACAUGCUUUAAGAAUUUGGUAUGCUGCUCUCAUAAAUUCAUUCCUUUUUGGCGACCUUUUUCUUUUUUGUACAUGGAGCCCGCCUGCCCCCUUCUUCUUGAAAAAUUCUUUUGCACAGAAGAGUCUAUAAAAGGUUAUCAGAGGGUAAUUGACCUCUUUGGCAGCUUCUGUAACUUUAGCAUAUUCAAAAAUGUUCUGUGCUUCCACAACAUGUUGAUUUUACAAAUGAUUAUUACUUGGCAGUUAUUUAUGUUAGAUCUUAGAUUAAAUUGGAUUUAGAUACAUAUGUUGUGUCCACCAUCUCAUGUAUUGACUGGUAAACAGGUAAAUUCAAACAAGAAAGAAAAU